AGGGGCAGCUGGAGAAGCCGCCCCCCGAGGAUGUGCCCCGCUGGGACCCCAACAACCCCCUCUGCCCCGGGGCCGCCCGGGCCAACGGCGAGGUGAACCCCCAGUACGAGGGCACCUUCGUCUUCCCAAAUGACUUCCCUGCACUGCAGCCCGAUGCUCCUGAGCCUGGUGACAGCGAUCACCCCUUGUUUCGAGCAGCAGCAGCUCGGGGUGUGUGCAAGGUGAUGUGCUUCCACCCCUGGUCGGACCUGACGCUGCCCCUCAUGUCCCUGGCAGAGAUCCGGGCUGUCAUCGACACGUGGGCAGAGCUGGCGGCUGAGCUGGGUGCCUCCUACCCCUGGGUGCAGAUCUUCGAGAACAAGGGAGCGAUGAUGGGCUGCUCCAACCCGCAUCCGCACUGCCAGGUUUGGGCCAGCAGCUUCCUCCCCAACGAGGCACACCUGGAGGACCGGACCCAGCGGCAGCACCUGAGCCAGCAUGGUGUGCCCAUGCUGCUGGAGUAUGCCGAGCAGGAGGCUCGCCGGAAGGAGCGGUUGGUGGUGGAGAACACAGACUGGCUGGUUGUGGUGCCAUACUGGGCCACUUGGCCCUACCAGACCCUGCUGCUACCCCGCCGUCACGUCUGCCGCCUCCAGGACCUCCACAAGGGCGAGAGGGACAGCCUGGCCUCCAUCAUGCAGAGGCUGCUCAUCAAGUACGACAACCUCUUCGAAGUCUCCUUCCCAUACUCCAUGGGCUGGCAUGGAGCCCCCACGGGCCCCUACCUGGAGGAGGACUGCGGGCACUGGCAGCUCCAUGCCCACUACUAUCCCCCGCUGCUCCGCUCCGCCACUGUCCGCAAGUUCAUGGUUGGCUAUGAGAUGCUGGCGCAGGCGCAGCGGGACCUCACACCUGAGCAGGCGGCUGAGCGCCUGAGGAGCCUCCCCGAGGUGCACUACAAGCGGAGGGCCAAAGAGACAUCGUGAUGGGGAGCAGUGGAGCCGGCCAUUGGUUCUGCUGGCUGUUGUGGUUCCCCUGGUCUCCUUCCCCAUCCCAGGCUGCAUCUUCUCGCCUCUGCAGCGUGCUUGUACCAGCACGAAAGGGCUCGCCCUUUUCCCAGUCCAGUCUUAUUGGUGGGACUGGGAGUGCUUCCUGCCCUGUGGUAGGGCAUAGCUCCGCUGGCCAAUAAAACCU